AUGAAGUUUACGAUCGCUGCUCUCGCUGUCGCUCUCAGCGUUGUCGCUCCUGUCUUCGCUCUUCCUGAGCCUAUCCCAGCAUCCCCCGAGCCCACAGUCUACAGCGGCCCUGCUGACGAUGUUGUCCUCGACAAGCGAGCCAACAGCGCCACCGUUAAGGUCGACGGACUUAGAUACCGCAGAUGCCCAAGGACCUCUUGCGAUGCAGUUGGACAAUAUGCUAAGGGCACCAAAAUCUCCAUCACUUGCUAUACCCGCCAGAACACCACUGUCGUCAAUGGCGAUGCUGGUUGGGGGAAAUUGACCAACGGAUACUGGGUUGCCCUUGCGAAUGGACAAUACGUUAGCUGGACUGGAGCUAUUCCAUACUGCUCUUAA